AUGCGGUCCAAGAUCAGCUUGUUCUCCUCCUUGGUCUUCUGCUGCGUCGCGUUGGUCGGCGUGCGUGCCAGCCAGUCCGCAGGAGCCGAAUCCUUCAGGAUGUGUGUUGAGCCGCCGGAGCACAACAUGGUACAAGACUACGUUCCUUGCCCACUGUUGGACACCAAAGCCCCCAAGCCAAGCCUCCUCCCACUGAGAAGCAACAUACAUCUUGACUUUGCUGAGCCCCAGGAGGUCUUGUGUGCUUGCGAGUUUGCAAAGGCGUUGAAGAAAGCACAGGAGAAGAGCGUUGAAGAUCCGAAGGGCAAGACUGUUGAAGCUUCCCAGAACAAGACAAAGCAAUCACAGAAACGCGACGUUCUCGACUACAGCAAGUGGGACAAAAUCCUGGCUCCUCCAUUGGAGAGUAUGAGCGAGGACGAGAUCGACAGGACAUUUCGACAUGCUGUAGCAGCCGAGGCGCAGGGGGAACUUCAGCUUGCAGAAGAGCUGUAUGAAAGAUUGAUUGAGGUUUGA